AUGGAAGAUGAACCGUGGAUAGAUCAAGAAACAUUAAGAGGGAUAGUGAACGAUGCAGUCAGUACAGCAAUUUCAGACGCAUAUCCUCGUGAUAAAGACGCGCAGAAUAAACUUCUUAAGAUUGCUAUACAAUUUGAUGUUGCUUUUGAAGGCGUUUGUAGUCUUCGUGAUCUGGAAAUGUCAAUACAUCCUCUUAGCGAUAAAGAAAUUAAGAAGAAUAUGAGUGACUUGGAGAAGAAACUUACAAGGAGUGAAUCUUUACAUGCUGAAGGAUUGCGUCAAAAUUUAAAAGAAGUAUCCUUAUCUGAUUUGACGUGGAAGGACCCACUUGGUAGUCAGGUAGUAAGUGACGAUGCAGAUAUCGUGAAAGAAUUAGAUAAAACCGAAUAUGAUUCUUUUAUGGAACCGGCGGAGAAAAUGAAAGCAAUUGUGCCUGAUAUGAUUCAGACAAAAUGCAACGAAUUUGUGGAGAAUUUUGUUUGUAGAGAUUUAGAUACCUUGCCAGAGAAACUUAGCCAUGACAACACCUGGAAAGAAUCAGAAGAGGAUUUAGUUAAGAUUGCGGAUGAAAUCCUCAAUACUCUAGAUAAUAUAUGGAAGAAUCCCGCAUUUGGACCUGAUCUUGCAAGUGCACAGAGUGAGGGAACAUACGUGGCAGGAAGUGUAGUGGUUCCACUUCAUCGGGCCACAUUGAAAGGGCUUCCAACUGGAGGAACUAAUUUACUUAGCAUUGCGGAGCGACAGAGUGUAGCGAGUGCACACAGGAGAGGUGAAGGGAAACAAGGCAAACGGCCUGAUGUUAUGUUCAUUGAAAAGUAUGAUGACAGGUUGUAUGAACUUAUGUUUGUAGAGUGCUCACGUUUAGUAUGUCGCAAAAGCAAAAAGGAAAUGGAUGAGGUAAAGUUGUGGAGAGAAAUGAACGAUGGAAUGGCUUACAUACACCCUAGCUACAAACCUGAUAAGAACGAGUUCGGGAUCCUCGGAAUCCAAGUUGCUGAGGAAAUGAUGUAUUUUAACGUUCUUAUUAGGGAUACAGAUAAUAUUGAUCGGCUUUACCAUUUAUCGUCUGUCGAAAUUCCCGUACAGCCGACUGAUAGAGACCACGUAUUGCAGUUUGUAGAGACAUUGCUGCUUAUACGAAAUAUUAUGAUUGUCAAUAUUUCUUUGCUAUUGCAUGCACCAAUAGUUAGAUCAGAGCGACAAAAACGAAGAAGAAGCUCUACAGUAUCUUCCGAUCCGGAAUAA